CCUCACAAGACGUAAUGAUUGUCGUUUCCUUCCCCGUUGUGGUCCUUCAUAAACACUCCCUCAUAUUUGAUUCACCAUCCAGAAAGGUGUCCCAUCCCGCCGACGUCUAUUUGAUCAGCGUUUUCUAUCAGACAAAGGCAAAAAAAAUGGGAGGUGAUGUCCCGGGAGGAGAGCAUUCCGUCUCCUGCCUGUGCGCUCUUGAGGCCGCAAUGCAGCGCCGGGGCUUUAUGGUGGCGCGAGCAGAACUAGCUGGAACCAGUUUGAGGCAGACAAGAGCGCUGACGGGAACAAUGCCGUCUCUGUGCUCCUCCUGAGUGCUUCAGAGAAUGACAAAAGAGGAUCCUUCCCAAGACCACGGCACUUAGCACAAGCCUGGAUGUAACCUGACCCUAACUUCUGGGCCUUUUGUGGCAAAGGCAGGAUUUUUGUUGUUGUUGUUGUCGUCGCCGGUUCGCUCAGGGUGGGGCGCGUGGCUUUUUGAGGGUUAGCCGUGUCGUGAAUAUGUUUAUUGCAGGAUGGGCAAAAAAAGGAGAGGAGGAAGGUUGGAAACGUGGCUGCAGAGGGACGAGGCGAGGCGAGAGGGUGAGGUCCAAAUUACAGCAGGGAAAGGAAGAUGGGAGAUAUGAAGACGCCGGACUUUGAGGACCUCCUGGCGGCCUUCGACAUCCCCGACAUGGUGGAUCCCAAAGCUGCAAUUGAAUCCGGCCAACAAGACGACCACGACGACAAAGUCAAGCAAGCCAAGUGUGGCUCAACCAACAAUGAGGAUGUUGGCGUAAGUGUCAUUGUCAAGAACAUUCGGAAUGCAGACGCAAGUCAGCAUGUUGGAACCCUGCUAGAAAAGGAUUUGCAGUUCCAUUCCCAACCUCAUUCGAUAAGAAUUGGCAAUCAACUUCAAAAUGGCUUCUCGACUUCCACGACAGUGGGUGUGCAUUGCAACAAAAAUGGAUGGAAUCUUUCCGAGGCGGAAGGACACGUGGAAUGUAAGCCAUCGUCGCCUUGCAAUCAGUUCAGUCCCAUCUCCAGUGCGGAAGAGUUUGAGGAGGACAACACGGAAGGAAGGGAACCGACGAUCAAGAACGCAGGACGUUCACUUCACAAAUCCACGCCCACGAAAGAGAGACCGCACUCGAAAUACCCCGCAUCCAGGGAGAACGUUUCCGAGUCCAAAAAUAAGGACUUAAAUCCAGACCAUAAUAAUAAUCAAAAUAUCAGUCUGGAAGGUUCUGCGUCCAAUAACGCCACUCAACUGUCUUUGUUUCAAGAAGAGCCCAAGGAAACUCCUCACUUUAUACAUAACAAGGAGAAUAAUGGUCAAACAUCCCAAAUCCAGUCAAAGACGUCCGCAAAACUUUCCUCUUGUAUCGCAGCCAUCGCGGCUCUGAGCGCUAAAAAGGAACAAAAUACAGACGUUAUUCGAGAUUCUCCGAUGACACUGAUGGACUCAAACCAAGACAAUGAAAAUUCCAGAACUGCGGGGAAGAAACGCGAGCCGGAAUCAGCAUUGGAGUUGGCAAAGCGCUUGCUAUCAGGACCGCCAGAUAGUCCCGCGAGUGUCAAUAGUGAAAGUAGCGGUACGGACACCACGCCGGUCAUUCCUAAAGUCAGGAUAAAAACAAUCAAGACUUCAUCUGGACAGAUCAAGCACACGGUGACACGAGUCAUUCCAGACUUGGAUCUUGGCAGAGUGAGCAAAGGAGACAACUUUGGAAAUGGCUUAACGGUAAAGGCUACUACUGGUGCGCUUAUUUCAUCUCCCGCGACGACAGUCGUCGCAACCUGUGGAGGAGGACCAUCGAUUGAAAUCACGAAGCAGAUGACCAUCAAACCAGUAGCAACGGCCUUCCUGCCCGUCUCGGCCGUCAAGACGGCCGGUUCCCAGGUCAUUAACCUGAAGCUGUCCAAUAACACCACCGUCAAAGCAACGGUCAUUCCGGCCGCCUCGGUACAAGGUGCCAGCGGUGCCAUCCUUAAAGCGGCAAGCGCCAUACAACAGCAGACCGUCAUGGUCCCCGCUUCCAGUCUGGCUAAUGCCAAACGUGUACCAAAGGCGGUCCAUUUUAGCAAUCUCAACCUUCUCUCUAAGAAUGUGUCCCCCGCUGCCAGCGAGCUCCAAAAAGGAACGCCGUCCUCCAGGCAAUCCCAACAACAGCCACUUCUCACCGGCCGGUCUUCGAAGAAGCUCUCCAGGGUUCAAGUCUUCAGCAGCUCUCAAAGCUCCGUCGUUGACGCUUUUAAUAAGGUUUUGAGUAGCAUAAAUCCCAUCCCGGUGUACGUCCCAAACCUCUCUCCGCCGACCUCCGCUUGCAUUUCGCUUCCCACUCGGGGCUACAAGUGCCUAGAGUGCGGCGAUUCUUUCGCUCUUGAAAAGAGCCUGACCCAACACUACGAACGUCGCAGCGUACGGAUCGAGGUGACCUGCAACCACUGCUCAAAAAGUCUGGUCUUUUACAACAAAUGCAGUCUGCUCUCUCAUGCUAGGGGCCACAAGGACAAAGGGGUGGUCAUGCAGUGCUCACACCUAAUCUUAAAACCGAUCCCCGCAGACCAGAUGAUAACGGCAUCGUCCUUUUCUGGACCACCCACCCUCACGGACAUCAUCUCCUCCGCCCCUGACGCGCAAGCCUUAGCCGUUCAAACCGCGGGGAAAGGUCAGAGUGGCGGGUCACAAAGCGCAGUGAGUUCAAUGGCCAACAGUUCUCCUCUGGAGGCAGCCGUGCCCUUAGAGGAGGACGCGUCAAAGCUCUGCAGGCACAGCCUCAAGUGUUUGGAAUGUCACGAAACGUUCCAGGACGACAGCUCACUCGCGACGCAUUAUCAACGCCUUCUGGAGACCGGUGGGCAGAAAACUUGCGCCGUCUGCCAAAUGCUUCUCCCAAACCAUUGCAGUUUUCUAUCCCAUCAACGAAUCCACCAGCACAAGCCCCCAUACGUUUGUCCAGAAUGUGGCGCCAGCUGCCGUUCUGUCCACUUCCAGUCCCACGUCACAAAGAACUGCCUGCACUACGCCCGUAGAGUCGGAUACCGCUGCAUCCACUGUAGCGUGAUUUUUGCCGAUGUCGCAACCCUCAAGUCGCACAUCCAGACGACGCACUGUGAGAUCUUCUAUAAAUGUCCACUUUGUCCCAUGGCCUUCAAGUCGGCGCCAGCAACUCACUCGCAUGGGUACACGCAGCAUCCCGGACUGAAGGCGGGCGAGCCGAAGCUUAUAUACAAGUGUUCCAUGUGUGACACCGUGUUCACGCUGCAGUCUCUGCUCUGCUCACACUUUGACCAGCAUGUUGCGAAUCAUAAAGUUCCGGUCUUCAAAUGUCCCGACUGCUCCAUGCACUAUGCGCAGAAACAGCUCAUGAUGGACCACAUCAAGGCCAUCCAUGGAACUUUGAAGACCACUGACGCAGCGCCAAAUUUGGGGCUCAACUUCCCCCUCAGCACCAAGCCUACAAAUUCAAACAACACCAACAACGGCCAAAGUAACAAAAACGACGGCGCAAAGGCCAAUGGUCAAAGCGAGGGUGUCAAUCAAGCUGCAUCUUCAUCACCAAAACACCCCAACAAAAACAGCUCAGGCGAGCUUAAGAACCGCAAUGGCUCAGCGUACACAUGCGGUGACUGCAACACUGUCAUCACUUCCAGAGAGGCCUUUGUGGCUCACAUGAAGCGAGAACACGGCAAGAUAUUGAAGAAGCACCCGUGCCGACAGUGCGAGAAAUCCUUCAGUUCUCCGCACAGUCUUUGUCGACAUGACCGCCUCAAACACAAGGGAGUGCGCAAAGUCUACACCUGUCCGCAUUGCCCAACCCUCAGUCAGCCGUUCACAAAGAGAGUGCUGCUGGAUCAGCACAUUCAGUUGAUGCAUGGUGCCACAGAGGAAAAGAGGGCAACCUCCGAUACCAGGGAUGAUUUGUCGGAGAAGAAACCGACCGGCAGCCCCAAGAGAAAGAAUGAAGAUGACGAAACCCCGGGGUUGAACCCCCGGAGCGCGGAUUCGCAGCCGUUGAAGAGGCUCAAGGUGAACAUCCCCAAAGUUCACAGGUGCGCCGUCUGCGGCUUCACCACCGAGGACGUGGCCGCCUUCCACAAGCACGUCCCCCAGCACAAGUCGGACGGAUCGUCCUACCAGUGCCAGGAGUGCGGCCUGUGCUACACCUCGCCCCGCUCCAAGGCCCGGCACCUCUUCAUCGUACAUCGGCUAAAGGAGCAAGGUCUCCACCGAUUCAGGGGUCAGGAUGACGACGAGAGCCAGAGGGAGAACCAACUAAACGUUACGGCCGACGGCGACGACGGGGCCCCAAACACCAAAUGCAAAGUGUGCGGGAAACAGUUUGAGACGGAGGGGAAGCUGAACACCCACAUGAGGACCCACGGCAUGGCGUUCAUCAAGGCCAAAAGACUCAGUUCGGCUGAGAAAUGAGAUGAGUCAAGUACAAUUUGAACGUUUCAACGGACAGGGUCCUACUAUAUGUACAAAAUACCGCAGCACGUGUAAAAUACAGUAUGUGAGAGUCAUUCUUUGUUUUUAAUAAAGCAACAUAGUUUUUGUA